AUGGUGAACUUAUACCCAUCUUUCCUCCAUCUGAAUGGAACCAAACCAUCCGAUAUGGACGAUGACAAUAUCUGGAAGCCUCCCACGCCGGUGGAUGAGAAGAAGGCAGGUUCUCGGUCUCGCUCCAUCUCAAUGACGAGGUUUUUCUUCAAAGACCAUGACAGCGAUCAAGAUCAGUCUCAGCCUCAAACUCCAUCAGAGGUAACUCCAGACACAGAGCUGGAUUCGAGAAAACCCACCGGUCUCGUCAAGUUAAAGUCGUUCUUGAGGUUUUCUGCUCUGCCUGACAUCAAGCAAGAAAACAAACUUGAGCCAAGACAAGAGCUAAAAUCUAGCCCAAAACUUAAUCAUGAGACAGAUACGAGUGGUAGCGAAUCUCAAAUCGGAGACCAAAACACAAACGAUGGGCGUCCUGUAGGCCAGGAAGCCACUCCCAGCAUGCUACGAAUGUUCUCGUUGGGCCGGAAGCGACUGGUGUCCACGCCUUUAAACCAGAUCCCCUAUGCCAAAGCACCCGAGCAACAGCAGUCCGAGAAAACGAGUCCUGUCGUUCAACAGAACCCUUACUUUGCUCAUCAAGGCUUCCCCCCUCAUAUGGAUGCUCAGAAACAGCACUACGAAGGACGGCCCAACUCUAAAAAUCAAAUUGCUGUAUCCCUUCGUCAUAAUGACUCGAUUAUCUUCGCAAGCGAAGCCAACUCGCACGAGUCAGCCCAUCUGGACAACGAAUACAAAGGUUCUUCCUUACAGGACCUUAUUAAGGAAGAGAGUGAAGCUCUUCAGCAAAAAAAUGACAAGAGCAAAUGUGAAGAGAAUGUCUCUCAGUCCCGACGUUCGCAGGGCCAAAUGGGCAACCUCAGCAAUCCUACACCCCUCAGGAAGACUCUUCGAAGAGUUGCUUCAGCGCCUCUAGUUCAUUUAUUGCUCAAUGACAAAUCCCAAACGCAAGAAACUACCAAGGAGUUUAAUAUCCACGAGCAUAUUGGCGAACUCAACCUUACGAAAGGACGGCCUAGAACAAGUACACAGGGUCGAAUGUAUUCGCACCUGGCGACAAAGAUCAUGGACGUACAAGUGAGUCCGGAUUGCUUCGAGAAGAUCCGUCUUUUGGGCAAAGGAGACGUGGGAAAAGUGUUUUUAGUGCGAGAAAAGGCAUCGUCCAGACUUUAUGCCAUGAAGGUACUCAAUAAGAAGGAGAUGAUUGAGCGGAACAAAAUUAAGCGUGCGUUGGCGGAACAGGAAAUUUUGGCCACUAGCAACCACCCUUUUAUUGUGACAUUGUAUCACUCAUUCCAACUGGCUGAUUCUCUUUACCUUUGUAUGGAGUAUUGCAUGGGGGGCGAAUUCUUUCGGGCUUUACAGACACGUGAAUCCAAGACUAUUAGCGAAGAUGACGCAAGGUUCUACGCUGCAGAAGUAACUGCCGCUUUGGAAUACUUACACUUGAUGGGUUUCAUUUAUAGAGACCUCAAGCCCGAAAACAUCUUGCUACAUCAGCUGGGACACAUUAUGCUUAGCGACUUUGACUUGUCCAAGCAAUCAGCAAAUGCCAAAAACCCCGAAAUUCAAUUCAGCAAAACAAAUCAUCUGGCAAACCCCACUAUUGACACAAAGGCUUGCAUCGAUGGCUUCCGUACGAACUCUUUUGUCGGAACAGAAGAAUAUAUUGCACCAGAGGUUAUCAGAGGAAAAGGUCACACGAGUGCAGUUGAUUGGUGGACUUUGGGUAUUUUCAUUUACGAAAUGCUCUAUGGAACCACUCCCUUCAAAGGACGUGAUCGUAAGGCUACUUUCAGCAACGUUUUGAAGAAGGAUGUUCGGUUUGCAGACACUCAUGCUGUGUCGUCAUCCUGUAAAAAUCUCAUAAAAAAGUUAUUGGUGAAGGACGAAACCAAAAGAUUAGGUUCUAAAAUGGGUGCUUCAGACAUUAAAUCGCAUGCUUUCUUUAAAAACACACAAUGGGCGUUAUUGCGAAACCAAAAGCCCCCAAUGAUUCCAGUUCUCACAAGAACGAAAAAGACCGACAAGAAGCCGCAACAAGAAGAUAUGAAGAGUGAAGAGACUUCAGUGGAAAACAGCUCCAAGUUCAAUGCUUCAGAUGAAGAUCCAUUUGCGAACUUCAGCUCUGUCACACUCCAUUACGAUGAUGGUGACAUGGAUGAUUCUAUCAUGAUGAGUGGAGAUAGUUCCUUGUACACUAGUGUUGCAUAUACCAUGACCAACCAUCUGGACUCGAGUACACGGCGCCAGAAGGGAUUUUUGAGACGAUAG